AAGUGUUUCGGUGAUGGUCGUCGCUUGCAGAGCGCAACGCUUUGAAAACGAUCGUGGAAUCUCGCGUGCGUCUUUAACCAACAAAUGAUUGUUUUUUAUAGUGUUAGUUUUGGUAUAAUUUAUAGACGUUUUCUGGACUAUAUUAUUAUGAAUUUUCGUCACUUUAGACCGACCGCUGGAUCUCCUAGCUAAGAUGUAAUAUCAAUAGUGAAACAUUAAAUGAUUUGCACCAUGCCUCAAACAGUAGUCAGAGGACUUGGUCAUCAUAACUAUCAAGGAAACCACAGCCACAACGGCCACGUAGUGCACAGUAAUUUCCCAUCGAAUGGUAUCAGUGGUUUUAACGGACAUCACAAUCACAAUGUUUGUAAUAAUAAUCACAAUCAUGUUCACAAUGGACAUACCAAUCACAACGGACUCGUUCAAAGCGGUCAUAGUUCCAUAUUCCCACAAAAUGGACACGUUAAAAAUAACGGACAUAUUGGAGCUAAUGGACACGCCAAGGCUUACAUGAACGGACAAGCUUUGAAACCUGAAGAUAGACAAUCAACUCUUUCUAGAUACUGUACAUCUGAUAGACGAAGAAACGCCUCUAAUUACCAUGCCAUCAGACGUAUGUGUCGAGAACGUGGUUGUCUCUACGAAGACCCAGAUUUUUCCGCCGGUCCAAAAGCGCUUUACCACAAUAAAAAACCGCCGAUUAAUCCUAUAGUAUGGAUGAGGCCGCACGAGAUUUGUCAGCGUCCUCGUUUCAUCAACGAUAAUAACGAAGAAGGAAAUAGAAAAUUUACAGUAGAAUCCGGAGAACUCGGUGAUCAAUGGUUGCUAGCUGCCGUGGCUUCAUUGGCGUUAACGCCGAAAUUUUUAGAUCGGGUAGUACCGCCUGAUCAAGGAUUCGAUAUUACGCAUUCUUAUUGUGGAGCGUUCAGAUUUAGAUUUUGGCAUUUCGGCGAAUGGAAAGAUGUUGUUAUCGACGAUAAAUUACCAACGCAUAAAGGUAGAUUAAUAUACUUACAUUGUUCUAAUAAUUCGGAAUUUUGGGCGGCCCUUUUGGAAAAAGCGUACGCGAAAUUAUAUGGUUGUUACGAACAACUUCAACAAGGAUCUACUACCAGGGCGUUACAAGAUUUAACCGGAGGUAUAGUACAAAGUUUCGGGCUUUCUCAUCAAGAUCGUUUUUUGACGUUUCAAGUUUUAAACAGCGCAGUACCAAGAUCUAGUCUUCUUAUAGCGACAAUUACACAAGAGAAAGAAAAUAAAAGACAGUUGAGACUUCGAAACGGUCUAAUAACUCAACACGCGUACAGUGUGACCGGCUUAGCGCGAGUACGAGGAGUAAAUGGAGAAGUUCCAUUGGUGAGGUUAAGAAAUCCGUGGGCUAAAGGAGAAUGGACCGGUCCGUGGAGUGAAAGAUCUUGGGAAUGGGACGGAUUAUCUAAUAGAGAUAAAGAAUUAUUGAGUAUCAGAGUAACCAACGAAGGAGAGUUCUGGAUGUCUUUUGAAGAUUUUUCUCGGCAUUUUACUCAAUUGGAUUUAGUACAUAUCGGUCCAGAUGAUUGGAUGAUGGAAGGGGCGUUGCAUUCUAAACAACCUUGGAGAGCGGUUUUGGCGAGAAGAAGAUGGAGGGCGGGAUAUAACGCCGGAGGAGGCCCAUCUUACAUCGAAACGACAGCGAUGAAUCCUCAAUUUCACGUACAAAUACCUAGAACGUCUUCGAAUAAAUGUCACGUUGUGGUAUCUAUAACGCAAUAUUACGAAACGAAUGUGAUAGAAGCUAAGAAGAAGAGGCCCCUUUACGCCAUAGGUUUUGCUGUUUAUGAAGUACCACAUUCCAUGCAAAGAUUAAGUCCACACUUUGUUGCUGAACAAAAGCCCCUCGAUGUAACUAAUCAUUCGAUAGCAAGAGAAGUGGUAACAUUUUUCACAUUACCUCCUGGGGAUUAUAUAGUUGUACCCCAAACGAAUAUGCCAAAUUUAGACGGGAAAUUCUUAUUGAGAAUAUUCACAGACGAGCAGAGCAACAUUUGGGAAGUUAAUGAAGAUAAUAUGAUUAUCAGGAAUAUAGCUUCUGAAUUUAUGGACGAAUCCAAUUCUCCAUUAUCUGGUGAUGGAAAAUCGAUAUUAAAUAAACUUUUAAUGAAAUAUCCCCCGGAAAUAGAUGCGAGUCAAUUACAAAAAAUCCUCAAAUCUCAUUGGAAAUUAUAUCUAUCGGAAAAACCGAGUUUGGAAUUGUGUAAAAGUCUAAUAAUGUUGAGAGAUUUCAAUAUCAGCGGUAAAAUAAGUCUCAUGGAUAUUCCGGUCUUAAUGCACAUGUUACAAUAUUGGAGAUUGGCGUUCCAAAAAUUUGAAAGGAGCCACAAUUGCGGCAAAACUUUAAGUUAUCACUUGAGAGCCUUACUCUGGGAAGCUGGAUGUACAGUUAGUAACAAAGUAUUAGAAUGUUUAGUACUUCGAUUUGCAAAAAAUCGGAUAUUAACAGCAGAAAAUUACAUUAUGGCAUUAGUACGCUUACAUUUAUCUCAUGAGAGAUACCACAAUUUGGAUACCAAAAUGAAAAUGAAUCCGAUUUCGUUAGAAGAAAUGAUACUUAUGACCAUCUAUUCAUGAGAAAGGACGAAAAAAAACAGAAAAAUAAGCUACCUGAGUUUAAAAGAACCAAAGAAAUAUUGUAAAUAAAUAUUUAAUUGUUGAUUUGUAUAUUCUUGUAAAUGAGAUUUAUUAUUAAAAGUUAUAUUCUUGG